AGCACUUUCGCAAAUACGCUCGAAAUGCGCAGUUUCCUUAAUUUAAUUGUGUUUUUCGCAUUUUGCGGCAAAUUGAAGGCCGAUGGAGGAUACCGCAGCUUUGGUCCAGAGUUCAAAGCUACAAUAGGUGAGAUUUGGCCAAAGCCCUACCAACAAGUGGAGAGUAACAAGUACUAUGCGAUGAAUGGCUCGAGUUUUCAAUUUAUCGCGGUGAACGAAAACUGUGCACUUUUGCAAAGCGCCUUCACACGAUAUGCCAACAUUAUUGCCGCUGCGGCGAAAGGCUACAAUCGCGCCCCUGCCACCGCCACACUUGGCAUCAUCCAGCAAAUCCGCGUCAAUCUGACACAGCCCUGCGAAGACUUGCCACAUCUCGACAUGGAUGAGUCAUAUUACGUACGCGGCGAUGGCGUAGUGCGGGCCAACUCCAUUUGGGGUAUACUACGUGGUCUGGAGACAUUUUCGCAACUGUUGGUGCCAAUGCCAAAUGGGCUGCUACUUACGCGCAGUACAGGAAUUUACGAUCAGCCUCGUUUCAAGUACCGUGGCCUAAUGUUGGAUUCGGCAAGACACUUUGUGAGCAAAGCGAAAAUAUUGCAACUCAUCGAGGGGAUGGCCUACAACAAGCUGAACGUCUUCCACUGGCACAUGACGGAUGACUCAGCGUUCCCGUACAGUUCAAGCGUUUUUCCAGAGCUGUCAGCAAAGGGCGCUUAUCGGCCGGAACUGACCUAUUCCAAGGCCGAUGUGAAGGAAGUGGUGGAGUUUGCACGCGCACGAGGCAUACGGGUGGUGCCGGAAUUUGAUACGCCAGCGCACACCGCUUCAUGGGCUGCUUCACAUCCCGAACUGUUAACUAAAUGUGAGGGCGAAUUCGAAGGGCAAUUGGGGCCGUUAAACCCCACCAAAGAAUCCACUUUUAACUUUCUUUAUACAUUUUUCAGUGAAAUCAAGAGCCUCUUUCCCGACAAGUUCCUACACUUGGGCGUCGAUGAAGUGGAUUCGGCUUGCUGGGAAUCAAACACCGACAUUCAGGCCUACUUGAAAGCACAUGGGCUGGACAAUGGCGACUUGCCCUAUUUAUAUUUGGAGCGAUUCUCCGCGAACAUUUCUACAAAGGGAUGGAAGCAGAUGGUGUGGCAGGAGGCCAUGAUCGAAAACUCCUAUAUGGAUUGGCCGGGUGGCACAAUCGCACAAAUUUGGUUUGAUUACAAGAACGCUGCGGCAACACUAACGAAAAAGCGACACGAUGUCGUUAGGAGUGAUGGGUGGUAUCUGUAUGUGCUAGACACUGGCGCCGACUGGGAGAAGUUCUAUAAUGUCGAACCGACUAACUUUAGUGGCAAUAAAUCGCAAAAAUCCCACGUAAUUGGCGGCGAAGCCUGCUUGUGGAGUGAGUGGAUCAAUGAGCAUAAUGUGCUGCCAACUACGUUUCCGCGUGUGAGUGCGGUGGCCGAGCGCUUGUGGUCUCCCCUUGAGCAGCUGGAUGCUGAAAAAGCGCAUUUGCGUUUGGAGGAGCACAACUGCCGCAUGAUCGGGCGGGGUAUUGAGGCGCGACCAGCUAAUGGUUUCGGCAUGUGCUAGAGGCGAGUGCAGUGAUGAGCCUUUGGAGAGUAAAUUUCAAAUAA